UGUAAGGAGAAGCUGGAUACCUUGGCAAUAUCUGUGAUGAAUAUGUGGCCAGGCGUGAAACUCCUGGUCACCGAGGGUUGGGAUGAAGAGGGUUACCAUGCGCCUGAUUCGUUGCACUAUGAGGGAAGAGCCGUGGAUAUAACCACGUCGGACCGGCAACGGUCACGGUACGGGAUGCUAGCCAGGCUGGCUGUGGAGGCCGGCUUCGACUGGGUGUACUACGAGAGCAGGGCGCAUAUACACUGUUCAGUCAAAUUAGAAUCCUCUCAAGGUUCCAAAUACGGAGGAUGCUUCCCUGGUGACAGUAAAGUCCUCACCUCUUCCGGAGAAAGAAGAAAGCUUUCGGACCUCCAGAUAGGAGAAAAAAUUCUGGCUCAAGACACCUCCUCCAACCAGCUAGUUUUCAGUGAAGUCAUAGCUUUCCUGGACUACGACCCCUCCCAAAAACGGGAGUUUUUGACCUUCACCCUCUCCUCGGGUCGGACUUUAGUAGUAACUCCCACCCACUUAGUGCUCACGGGCACCUCAAAAAAAUACAGAACAGUUUUUGCUGAGAAAAUCAAAAUUGGUGAUAAAUUGUUAGUUAGUGUAUCGAAUGAUUCAAAAACUCUUGUAGAAGAUAGUGUUGUGAAAGUUCGCGCAGUCUUGAGGACUGGGACUUACGCCCCCUUGACUGAAGCGGGGACUUUGGUGGUGGAUGAUGUGGUCGCUUCUUGCUACGCCGUAGUGGACAGCCAGUCUCUGGCCCAUUGGUCUUUCCUGCCUCUACGCUUCGUUUGGAACUUCAAACAUGGACUGGACAGGAUGUGGAAGGUUUUCACGCAUCCUUCAGUCCUUUGGUCGGACUCCCCGUAUAUCGUUGCGACUUCCAGACAGACUACUCUUGGGGUCCACUGGUAUGCCAAGAUGCUGUACGGUGCAGCAAACUACUUAGUGCCCUCCCACCUACACGAAUGACCUUUAUUGUUUUUACAUCGAUUGGCCAGUGACUUGUACAGAUGGUUAUUUAUUUUUGUAGUAUAGAGAUCUGUAAGAUGUGUCUUUAAAAGAUACCGCAAGGUGAAAUGUAGAACAUUCAAGGGUAUUGAUCACAUAGAGAAUGUACCAACAUUGAAUAGAAUUUAGUUCAAAAUGUGUAGAACAGUUACGAAAAUAGAAGUACUGAUGAAUGCUUGAAACGUUUCAAAUGGUAUUAUGGUAUACAGUUUCUCACGACUUGUGUCUUGCAAAUCAUUUGGUGUUUCUGGGUCUUUUAGCCGUGGUCUGCAGAUUUUAGGCCUGAAGUUUCGCCUGCAACUGCGGCAGAUAUUAUCGAAAGCAAGUGGUCUACCUUGCUCCCAUAUGCAGAUGUGGGAUAACUUCAACCAUUGCGGCAUCGCCUCCGAUACUAUUUGCCGCAGUUACAGACGAAACGUCAUGCCUGAAAACCCGCAGAGUACAGCCAAGAAACCAGAAAGAGCAAAUAGUCUCAUGGGUGAUAUCUAGUAUAAUGUAUGUUUUCGAAGAGUUAGUAAUUUAUAAAACAAAUAUAGAAAAUCUAUUCACAUAAUAUUUUGAUGGAAUACCUUCAACCUUUUGUUCUCGUAGAAUACCAAGAAAACAAAUAAUUUUACCAGAUUCAUAAAAAGAUGUAAGCAAAUGAGGAAAGGGAUAUUUCGUUUUUCACAUUUGUAUUUCAUCAGAAAAGUAUAUUCAAUAAAUAAAGUAUUUUAAUACCAAACGAUUCAGAAGUUACACAAAAAUAACAUCAUGUAGUUUACCUAAUCAACCGUCCCCAUUUUCAACGAAAUCAUAUUUUUUCCUUAUCGAAUGAAAAUUUUAUCACGAUACUUCUUUAUAUACUGGGAGGAUCAGAAAUCAAAAAAUCGUUUAAAAAAUACUAUUAUUUACAAUAUGGAACAUUGAUACAAACAUUUUUUUCAUAACUUCACUCCUUCAUAACAAAUUCCUAAUGGAGGCUCGAUCUGACAUAUAUGAUCAUAUAUGAUGUUAUUGAAUAAACAUAAAACUGUUUUUCUAUUUCACUGAUUUGUAUGAGAGAAUAGACUUUCUGAGCUAAAUAUAUCAAUGAAAAUAAAAUAUCCAUCCUCAAAUGCCAUGUU